UGUGUCGGCAAAGAGAGAAAGGGAUUGAGAAGGAGGGGGGAAGAGAAAUGUCUCUGAGGCUCCGUGUUAGAGAACAAAAACAAAACCACGAUGUUCUAGAGAUGCACAUCUCCUGGAUUUUCCUCUGUUGUGCAGGUGUGCAUGGGUGAGAGGGAAAAGACAAAGGGAUAAAAACUAGUGGAAGUUAACAUCAAUGUAUGCAUUGAGAAGGAAGAAUUUGUUUGUUUCCCAUGUCAGACAUCUAUUGGACUCUAAAAGCUGGCUAAGGUAUACAGUAAAGAGUCUUCAUCUGGGUGGCAGUUGGAUCGUGGAGGAUGCGCUCUCUCUGCUGUACAUUACAUCUGCCCUGGCCACCCUUUCUUUGGGAUGUAGUGAGGAUUGAUGCUUCAUACAGGCUUUUCUCCUAAACAUCUGCUGACUCUGGAUACCUGGCAUCAUGCCAGUAAUGAAGGGGCUGCUGGCACCCCAGAACACUUUCCUGGACACUAUUGCCACCCGCUUCGAUGGCACUCACAGCAAUUUCCUACUUGGGAAUGCUCAGGGUCACCGUGGCUAUCCCAUUGUGUACUGUUCUGAUGGAUUCUGUGAGCUGACAGGGUUUGGACGAACAGAGGUGAUGCAGAAGAAUUGCAGCUGUCAUUUUCUUUAUGGCUCAGGCACUAGUGAGCAGGUUGUUCAGGGUGUGAAGAAAGCUAUGGAGGGCAAGGAGGAGUAUCAGGCUGAGGUCCAGUUCUACAAGAAGAAUGGAAGUUUGUUCUGGUGUCUGUUGGACAUUGUACCCAUUAAGAAUGAGAAGGGGGAGAUGGUGCUUUUUCUCUUUUCUUUCAAAGACAUCACAGAAACGCACGAGAAGAGCCAUCACAGCAGCAAAACCGAUGAUAAGGCAAACAGCAGGACUACUGAAAAGUCUCAUAUCAGUAAAGCUAGAAGGAGGGGUCAUGCCAUGAUUUACCAGCUAACCAGCCAGUUUACACGUGACAGCAAAAAUGACGUCAAAUUAAGUCGGGACAUGUUUGAAAAACCGUCUCUGCCUGAGUAUAAAGUGGCAGCAGUUCAGAAGUCUCGAUUCAUCCUGCUGCACUACAGUGUGUCCAAGGCAUUGUGGGACUGGAUGAUUCUAUUGGCCACUUUCUAUGUUGCUGUGACAGUGCCAUACAACGUGUGUUUCACAGCGUACAGUGAUGUGGAGACUGCAGGCAGGAGCACGAUAGUUAGCGACAUUGCCGUGGAGAUGCUUUUUAUUCUGGACAUCAUUCUUAACUUUCGCACCACCUAUGUGAGUCAAUCAGGACAAGUGGUGUACGAGCCUCGCUCCAUCUGUCUGCAUUAUGCUACCACAUGGUUCUUUGUGGAUCUGGUGGCUGCCCUGCCCUUUGACCUGCUCUAUGCAUUUAAUAUUACUGUUACAUCUCUAGUGCACCUGCUGAAAACUGUGCGAUUGUUGCGUCUGUUGAGACUCCUGCAGAAGUUGGAUAGAUACUCACAGUACAGCGCCAUGGUGCUGACGCUGCUUAUGUCCAUGUUUGCUCUUCUGGCUCACUGGAUGGCCUGCAUCUGGUACAUCAUUGGGCGAAAAGAGAUGGAGACCAAUGCAAGUGGAGCCUGGGACAUCGGCUGGCUGCAUGAAUUGGGCAAGCGUUUGGACAAGCCCUAUAUGAACAGUACAUUUGGUGGUCCCUCAGUUCGCAGUGCCUACAUUGCCUCUCUGUAUUUUACCUUGAGCAGUCUGACCAGUGUGGGCUUUGGUAACGUUUGUGCCAACACUGAUGCUGAAAAGAUCUUCUCUGUUUGUACUAUGCUUAUUGGAGCUCUCAUGCAUGCUGUGGUGUUUGGAAAUGUAACAGCUAUUAUCCAGCGCAUGUACUCACGUCGCUCACUAUAUCAUACACGCAUGAAAGAUCUAAAGGACUUCAUUCGGGUUCACCGGCUGCCACAACAGCUGAAACAACGAAUGCUGGAAUAUUUCCAAACCACCUGGUCUGUGAAUAAUGGCAUCGAUGUCAAUGAGCUCUUGCAUGAUUUUCCUGAUGAGUUGAGGGCAGAUAUAGCCAUGCACUUAAACAAAGACAUCCUGCAACUGCCUGUGUUUGAAGCUGCCAGUCGGGGUUGCCUGCGCUCACUUUCCCUCCACAUCAAAACUUCUUUCUGCACCCCGGGAGAAUAUCUCAUCCGACAAGGCGAUGCAUUGCAGGCCAACUAUUUUGUCUGUUCUGGGUCACUGGAGGUUCUAAAGGACAACAUGGUUUUGGCUAUUCUAGGAAGAGGAGAUCUGAUUGGAUCAGACCUCCCAGGCCAGAAUCAUGUGAUUAAGACAAAUGCAGAUGUGAAGGCACUGACGUAUUGUGACCUGCAGUACAUUGGUGUGAAAGGUUUAAGCGAUGUGCUUGAACUUUAUCCUGAGUAUGCCAACAUCUUCACUAUAGACAUCCACCGAAACCUCACAUAUAAUCUGAGAGAGGGCAGUGAGACUGAGCAGAAUUACCCAGACUUCAGUGUCUCAACUGAGAAUAAGCGUCCAUCCGUUGUAGAAAAGGCUGAUGAUCCAGACAAGUACUUCCAUGUUUCAUCUGCUUCUAGUACAUGUAGGAAUCUACUCCUGCCCAAUCUAGGCAGCCCUGUGCGGCGAACAUCAUUAGGGAACCUUUUAGGAGAGGAGUUAAUGCAAUUCAAUGCCCUACGACAUUGUCGCUCACCCGUCAGGGGCUGGAGUCCAAAUCCCUCUCCAAAACCUCCAAGCAAAGUACAGAAACAAACCCAGCAACCUUCAUCUACGCCUAAACCCAUCCAUAAAACACAAACAGAUUCUGGAAGUAUGGCGCGCAAACCUGCCAAGCUGCUCAUCCCUACUCUCAACUGCUUUGGACCACCAGAUCUUAGUCCAAGAGUUGUAGAUGGAAUUGAAGACAAUGGGCACGUAUUUCAAUUCAAUGUUGAAGACACCUCUACCAAAGGUACUACAGAGACAUCACAGAGUAGUAAGACACUGGAUGGCUCUGGUCAGGUGAAUGUUUCCCUGCUACAGGAAACAAAGGAAGUGAGAGAAACUAUUGAUCAGCUUAACAAGAAGAUGGGCAACCUGAAAGAGGAAGUGGCUAAUCUAACAAAAGAUCUUCAUCAUAUAAUGCACCUGCUUCAAGCACAUAUAGCUGCUCGUCAUUAUGCUGCACCUUUCUCCUCCUGUCCCUAUGGAGUCCACAUGAUGUCCAGUGCUGCUGUCAGCAUGUCUCCAACCUACAUUUUGGGUUCCAAUAUCCACAUGCAGCACAAAGACCAUGUUGUCUCUGAGGGUCUUUUGAGAUCCACAUCAUGGAACCAUAGCAGAGUUAAUGGUGGGUCUGGUUUUGCUCAGCACACAGAGAAACAGGGACACUUUCACCAGCAUGAGCCUAUUCAACACUCUACAGUUCCAGCAAAUGACCCCUGUUCCCAUGACUGGAGUUCCAUUCUUACUUCAUCCUCGUCCAGUAUCAGUCAUCAUCACUUUUCUACUGGUCCAGGAACCCAAGGACCAACACCAAGAGAGGCUCCACAACCAGAGGGUUUAUUAUUAAGUGUUUGUCCUGGAGAUGGAGCCCAUGCCAGUAUCAGCCAAUCACAACCUGUUUUGCAGAACUUGUUUUCUCAAAACUUGUGUGGUUCCGGUUUAUCCUGUAAGGUCACACCUAGCUCGUAUUCACAUUUACAAAUUUCCACAGAACCAGCUCCUUCCUACUCCACUCUAACCUUGGGUGAAGUGCACAGGACGUCAGAAGUGGGCCUUGCUCACAACCAGAAUUUGGUAUCUUCCAUUUUCCCACAAGAGCAUUCUCCGCCCUCUCCAAAGGAAUUGGGCAUAAUUCCCUGUUCACUUGUAGAAUCAUCUGAGGUAGAGCACACAAGUCAAGAGUGCCUGCUAAGUAACCAAAGGCUGGGUCAAGACAGUGAAACGUCAGAGAGCAGGUCUAGCGAGUCCAGUGUAGGACUUUGUAGCCAAUCUGAGAGCUCAGAGACCACUUGGUGCCUGGAUCUAAUAGACUGACACGAUGGAAGACUACAAUCAACAAUCACAACACAAUGACACAUUUAUCUUUUAUUAUGGAUUU